AUGAAGACCUUGCCUAAUUUCGACAGCAUCCGCAUGGCGCAGCUUCAGGCGAUGCUGGCCCGUCUUGCGCAGUUGUCCAGCAUCCCUGCGAACCAAGCUUCUACACUGCUGGAAGCCUGGAACACCGGGCCAUGGACGGCAGAAGAGUCCAAGAGGUUCACGGAUGCUGUGAGUGCGGCAGUGGCAGCCAGCACGCAAGGCACACCCAAGAAGGGGAAACGACCCAACCAGAACAUUCGCGAUUUCCAGCCCUUUCUUUCAACUCGUGAUGCGCAUGUGCUGAGAGGCGAGGCCAGCAUGUCAGUGAAGAUGGACGUCUUGGCAACCCGAUGCGUCAGGUUGAAGUUGACCUUGCCAUCUGAGAACGGCAUCAAGAUGAUUGUGGCAAGUGGGCUCUCCUGGUCAAAUGCUGUGUCAGACGCCGACCGUUACAUGAACGUGCUGGAAUUCCGGCGCCUCUUGCACUCCAAGCGGAAGCCGGUGCCCAAAGCAGGGUUGCACUUGACCGAAUACCCUGGUCAUCCUCGAGAGCUGCCUCAGGAGCUGUUCUUGCAGGCGUACGACAAAGAUGAUCCGCCUGCGGCAGAUGAGGCAGCAUCUCCCCUGCGCGUCCAGGAAGAAGUGGAUGGGAUUGCAGUGAGAGGAACUUCCAAGAAAGUUCGCCAUCUCUUCAACACCGGAGGCACAAGUUCGGCUUUGGUUCCCCAAGGGGCGCCAUGUUUGCAAGCUUGGGCCCAAGCAGCUCCCCAGGCAGUUCCAAACAACCAAGCACAGACUAUGCUGGCCAUGAUGCAAAUGGUGAUGCAGCAGUCAAUGCAGGGGCAGCGCAACUUCACGCCGGCUGUGCCAGGCCUCACGAUCUUCGAGCCAAAGCAGCAGGCAGCACAGCAGCAGCGUGUGGCCCAUGAUGACGUGCAGAAUACGCCAGAGAAGCAGCCACAUGUUGCGCAGACCACCCCACACAAGCACAUGGAGCAGAGCCAGAACCUCUUCCAGACUGAGCUGGAGGAUCCGCCGGCUUUGGAUGAUGGAACUAACACGCAGGACGACGAGGCCGUUCUCAAGCAGGCAGCCAUGAUCUCCGACGCCAUCGACAAGAGAGGUGGCCGCACCGACAAGACAUCAGACAAGUGGCAUGCGGCCAAGGGCAAAGGGAAGGGCAGAGGGCGGGGCAAAGGCAAGGGCAAGGGCAAAGCUAAGGCCAAAGCUCAGCCCAAGGCCAAAGCUCAUCCCAAGCCCAAGGCCAAAGCUCCUCCCAAGCCCAAGGCCAAUGCUCAGGCCAAAUCUCAGACCAUGAAGCGGCCCGCUGCAGCCGGCACUCGAGAGUUCUACCGGCAGAUGAGUAUGAGCAAGCGCAAGCAGCUGCGGCCUCACGGUUGCCAGAAGUGCAGAAGCAAGCCUGGCUGCACCCCGAGUUGCUUUGCCGACGUGUGA